GACGCUUAAUUUGCACAAACACACACAUGCCAAUAGCAUAACAAAGCACAUGUAUUCUACGCAAUUGUUUUAAAUUUCUUUAAAUGUCUGAUACAAGAUAAGAAGCAACUCGGAAUGUUGUUAAAGUGAAUGGCCAAAGUGCAGUGCCAAUUGCUGUGUAAAAAUAAUAAAAACAAAAUGCGUAAUUUUUAUUAGUUGUUUUUAAGUAAAUAGUGAGUUUUCAACGAGAAAGAAAGGAACGCAAAAAGAACGAGCGGUAAAUGUUUCACAACAACAACACGCAGCAACAAAAUAGAUAAGUUAAAAAGCUGAGCCACGCACACGUUCCACGGGCAUCCAAAACAUGUGAGAGUCAGACUGGCAGCCACUGCAUGCCACAAGCCUCCACCAGCAUGCCCCAUUAGGACGCGGCAGAACGCAGCAAACUAGCAGCAGCAAAAACCACAACAUCAAAUACAGUUAACACGCACACAGACACACACAUACACCCACAAUAAUCCACCCACACACGCAAUUGAAAAAGUCACACGGCGGAAGCGAUUAAAAACGCUAGCGAUUUCGCAAGAUGGCUCACUUCAGUGGACAUCCAGCGCCGUCAGCGUCCGCUUCAGAGGUUCCUGCACACUUUAAGAACCUCUUCCUCAGCGGCCAGUUAGCCAAGAACGAUGAUGACGAUAACAACAAUGGGCAAGAGAAUCGUCAGAACAACAACAACAACAACAACAAUAACAAUGGCAAUCGUUUGGAUGAGCCUGAAUGCUGGGUUUUCGGCUACGGGUCGUUGUGCUGGUUUCCAGGCUUUCAAUAUAACAAAUGCAUAACUGGCUAUAUACGAGGUUUUGUGCGACGCUUUUGGCAGGGCAAUGUAACACAUCGGGGAACUGAGGACAAGCCUGGUCGUGUAGCAACGCUGGUGGAGGACAAAGAGGGCAUCACAUGGGGCUGUGCUUACAGAAUAACAGGCAAUACGGCUCUCGAGUAUCUUAAACAACGCGAGUGCACGUUAGGUGGCUAUGCAACACUCGAAACGAAAUUUUUUCCGCGCGUUGCUUCCUACGACACGCCCUUUAGCGGCGAAGCGGUCGAGGUCUUAGUCUAUAUUGCAACGCAGGAGAACGCGCACUGGUUGGGCGAGGCGCCGCUCGAGUUGGUGGCACACCAAAUAGCCACUUGCCGUGGGCCAAGCGGUCACAAUGCCGAAUACCUGUUGCGUUUGGCGCUCUUUAUGCACGAUGAGAUACCAGGGGUGCGGGAUGAACACUUAUUUGAGUUAGAGCGCCUGGUGCUGGAGGAGAUUUAUCGUUUGGAAAUACCUCUAUCGUCUGUGAUGGGCCGUAAUCCUGACCGCAUCCGCCGUGACUCGCAUGAGGAUGUGCGUCGGCCGCCCUCCUUUGAGUUUACAUCGCGCAUACCGGAAACGAAGUUGCGCUGUCUGAACAUUUGAUUUUGGGACGGCGCCUUCAACAGGCAUCAACUGGAAAUUUGUGUCCAGCCAAAAGUGAUAUGCAUGGCGUUAUCGUGCUCGUGACCUUCGCAUGGCAUGUCUUUUAUAUUUUUCGCUCAAAACAAAUUCCAAUUUCAUCAAUGAUAUUCAAAAGCGUUGGGAAGAAGCACACACACACCACUCAAUAGUCUAUGACUAAAUCCGCUGUAUUCUCUAAAUUGUAAAUAACUUCCCUCGAUAAGUGAUCUGAACUAGUAUGUAAGCCUGUAGAUCUUAAAAAAGUAAUUAUAAGUUGUUGCUCGAGCGCACAGAAGCAAAUUUUUAUACAACAACAAAUCAUCCGCAGAGUUAAAAUAUAAUAAAACUAAAACAAAUGAA